GCUAGGCGCUGGCUAGGGAAAGUUCUGGAAGGAGGCUGCGCCGGUCGCCAUUAGCGCUGAGCCGUCGCUCGGGACAAGCGGUCGUGUCGUUUUCACCGUUAAUUUAUUUUACUUUUCUUAUUUAUAUCCCGGUUUGUGUACGUCCGGUCAGUCAUGGAGAGGGAAAAGGAACAAUUCCGCAAACUGUUCAUCGGCGGGCUCAGCUUUGAAACGACAGAAGACAGUCUCCGAAAAUACUAUGAACAAUGGGGGAAGCUGACGGACUGUGUGGUUAUGAGGGACCCUUCAAGCAAAAGAUCUAGGGGCUUUGGAUUUGUGACUUUCUCGUCUAUGGAUGAGGUGGACGCUGCGAUGUCUGCCCGGCCACAUUCUAUUGAUGGAAGAGUUGUAGAGCCGAAGCGUGCUGUUGCACGAGAGGAAUCUGCUAAGCCUGGCGCCCAUGUUACAGUGAAGAAACUUUUUGUUGGUGGUAUCAAGGAAGACACAGAGGAACAUCACCUUAGGGAGUACUUUGAAGAAUAUGGAAAAAUUGAAACCAUUGAAAUUAUUACAGACAAACAGUCUGGUAAAAAGAGAGGCUUUGGCUUUGUGACAUUCGAUGACCACGAUCCUGUUGACAAAAUUGUCUUGCAAAAGUAUCACACCAUAAACGGACACAACGCAGAAGUAAGGAAGGCUUUGUCAAGACAAGAAAUGAAUGAAGUGCAGAACACAAGGAGUAGCAGGGGAGGUAACUUUGGAUUUGGUGAUUCACGAGGUGGUGGAAACUUUGGUCCAGGACCUGGCAGCAACUUCAGAGGAGGUUCUGAUGGCUAUGGUGGUGGUCGUGGAUAUGGUGACGGAUACAACGGGUAUGGUGGUGGUCAAGGAGGUGGAAACUUUGGUGGAGGACCAGGAUAUGGUGGUGGACGAGGUGGAUAUGGUGGUGGCCCAGGCUAUGGAAAUCAAGGUGGCGGAUACGGUGGAGGUUAUGACAACUAUGGUGGAGGCAACUAUGGUGGUGGAAACUAUAAUGAAUUUGGCAACUACAACCAACAGUCUUCAAAUUAUGGCCCAAUGAAGAGUGGUGGUAAUUUUGGUGGCAGCAGGAGCAUGGGAGGACCAUAUGGUGGUGGAAACUAUGGUCCAGGAAGCGGCAGUGGAGGCGGUAGUGGAGGUGGAUAUGGAGGAAGAAACCGAUACUAAUUUCCAGACUCCUCCUGGGCUUCACUGUAUAAAUAGGAGAGGAUGAGAGCCCAGAGGUAUCAGCGGCAGGUUAUCGAGAUUACAAAGUUUAAGGAGUCAUUAUCUCAGUCAUGCAUAGAACAUGCAGUGAUAUGACAGAAGACACCAGAGCAGAUGCAGAGAGCCAUUUUGUGAAUGGAUUGGAUUAUAUUUAAAUACUUUACCUUACAAUGGAGGAAGGACUGUAAAAUAUGCCUUUUGAGACAGUUUAAUAGGUUUUUAAUUGUUUAUUUGUAGUGGUCUUUGUAAAGAGUGCAGCAGCAUUCCCUUUUUAUAAUGUUCAAUUUUUAAGUUACAGGUAACGUGAAGCUUUUUUUUAAGAUUUCUGAACGGUUCAAAACUAGCCAGGAUCAUGGUGUAAUAUGAGACUUUAUUUUUUCCUUUUAAAUUUCAGUGUGUGUAUAGUUAAGCUGUUGUACACUUUCAUUUAAUAAAAUAAUUCGAAAGGAAAA